GUUUCAUAUGCUAUUCAUCAUCCAUCUUGUACUUUGUAGUACUUGAAUUAGAAAAUGUUUAAUUUGUCCCUUCAUGAUAACUACUACUGUCAGGAUAGUAUGAAGUACAUAACUUGUAUUAUCACAGCUCUACUGAUUAUCUAUCAUAAUGAUUGGAAGUUGGAAUAUGAACCAGGUUAAUCAUUAUGUAAGUGAAGAAGGAUCUAUGUAUGCUUACUCUUACUCUUGUGACUCUACUUGGACUUUGUGCAUGUGAUCGAUAUAGGUUUGAAUUUAUUGUUAUGAAAACAUGGAAUCAAGAAUCAGUUUGCGUUUGCGUAGUGCGUGCAAGUUGCAACAAGUAAAGAAGUAAAGAACUUCGGGGACAUGGGCUCAAACUUGUGGCGACCUUCCUAGGAUGUUAAAAGUCGACAAGUUUCCUAAUAGCUACAUAUUUGAGUGUAGAUGGUUGUUUCCCAAGUCUUUGCUCUAGGACAUUUAUCCCUCUAAGUGGUUGGUCCAAACUACCUUGAAUUAUAUUAGUUCUUAAUGCUGUCCUGUAAUGGAUUAUAAAAAUAAAAUAUAAUUAAUAUUUCAAGUGUUUAAUGGGUGAUACUAAAAACUAUCAUGCUAGUAAUAUUUAGGAAAUGUUUUUUUUAAAAAAAAAAAAUUAAUUUUCCCUCUUUCUUUCUUUUUAAGUAAGAAGUCGAGCCUUUAUUGGAAAAAUGAACUUAUAACAAGGGCAUAUAAAAAAAACAAGGCUAACUACUGAACUAUUCUAGAACAUUUGGAGGUCUUCAUUUUUUUCGUAGCCAUGAUUGUUCAUCUUGUUCUUAUUUCUACCAAUUUUUAUAUUCACUGUCUAUUUUAUUCUUGGUGCUUUGUUAUUGUCAAUUUACUUCUAAUUUAAAAAAAAAAAACAAGAAAGAAAAAGAAAAGGUCACCAUGGAUUAUGAUCUUCUUUUCCUAAUCAAGUUUUUCUUUCUAAGGUUUUCUCUCUGUUAUUUUGAAGCCAAACAGGGAAAAACCUAGAUGAAGAACUUCUCUUCUUGGCAAUAAUCUUAUCGCUAUUGUAUUGUUCUUCUAGAGGUUAAGUAGCAUUUACCACUAGAAGACAAACCUAUUAAUUAUUUUCUACCAAACAAUAAUGGCACCAGAUUGGCUCCUAUAUUUGCACCAAAGGAAUCCCUUCUUUUUUGUAUAUAAUUCAAAUGGUGCAACGGUUACUAAAAAAUAUUCAUGUCAUUAACCAUGUGGAUUUCAUGGAAGUACUAAAUUACAGAAUUUGUUGAAACACUUUCCCUAAAAUGGCUUUUUUUUUAUUCUUCUACUUCCAUUCAUCAGUGUUCUCCCUUGGGUUUUACCUUGAAUACCUUAACUCUACUGUAAUUUUUGGUCAAUAAAUUCUGAAGAGUCAUGUAUUUGGCAUCAAGACUUUCAGUUGGACUACCUUUAACCUCCUAUUGAUAAAUAUUCUAAUUUAGAUUUAGGUUUUUUUGUUUUCAUUUGAUACCCAUUUAAUUAGAAGCAAUGUAGUAUACAGAAUUAUAGAAUUCCUGACUGUUUAUGGUAACUACGAUUUUUGAUCUCUCUAUUUUGUUGAAGUUUGAGAUAUUAAUAAAACUUUACUUCUAUUAAUGCCCUUGCCAGAACUUCAAACAUUAAGAAACCUUGAUUUUAAUAUUGUGGAUUGAAAUUUAUUAUCUACAUACACCAGUUCACUCUCAUGCAUACAAAUACUUGGUAAGGAAGUAUCCUUCUCAAAUGGGACAAGUAAAUAAGCCAAAAGUUCUCAAGCAUAAAUGCUCUUGCUAAUCUUUUGAAAUACAUACCAUAUCAUGUAUUUCAUUAUAUUGCCAUCAUUGUGAUUGUUUCUUUGCUUUGCUUUUACUAUUGAAUAUUUAAGUUUUAUAUUUUAAAAAAAUUAUAUAGGCCACAUCUAUAUUACGUAUUACUAUCAUUGUUUUGAAAUUUAAUUUAUUGUUUUAACGCUUUCUUUGUUAGUAUCUCGGGUUCGAGAAAGACUUAAAUGAUAGCUUCUUUUCUUGGCAAUCAAUUUCAUUCGUUUAGGAAUGCUCUUAAAGAGGCUAACUUCCAUCUACUUGUACAACUCAGGGUCUUUAAUUUAAGUAAUCAAAAUCACCCUAGUGGUAAUGGUAACAGAUAUUCCAACUUUUGCAUUUUAGAAAUUGCUAUUAUCACUUUAUUUUCUAGCAUUGUAACGGUUACUAAAUUUCGACGUGACUAUCCACGCAGGUUAGCAUUUUAUAAUUAAUUGUGCAGACUCUGUUUAACACUUACCUAAAGACAGCUUAACCGUGUGAUUUCCCUACAGUUCCCUUUCCUCUCCCUUCAUUUAAGAACUUGACAAAAUUUCCAAAAAGGAUACUCUACUUGCUUUUAUUUACUUUUACGAAACCAUAUCUGCAGCAUACAGAUUUCCAGUUGAGCAUCUAUGUAUACUUGUACUGAUAUGCAUCUAUGCAUUAAUUUUACUAUUAUUUCUUCUGUUUUUAAUUUUGAAAUUGCACAAUCUUACAUUUCAAAUUGAUUCAAUUAAUUAUUGGCAAAGCACUAGAUCAGACUUUACCUGAUGAAUCAGUUUACUGCAAAGCCACACUCUUUUCAUAUAAAUUGAGGAAAUUUAUAGAAACCAUUACUCACAUCUUUUAUUUCUGGUAUGGGUUCAAAACCUCAGGAUACCACUCAAUAUCUGGAGCAUGCUGAUGCUGCAAAGGAUUGUUGUGGUGACGACCUAGAGAGCGAUGUUCAUAGCCCUGAGGAUUUCUCCUUGAGCGUCGAUCAACUCAAUCAAGACUUUAACAAAUCUCUUGUUCUUAAAGGUUCAUCCUCAAUUGAAUUAAAAGAUAGUUCUAGUCAGACUAUGAUGAAAUCAGAUACUGACAAGAAGGAAACAAAAAGAAGGUAUGCUGUGGAAACGGGAACGGCUGCUAAUCAAAAUGAUGCAUAUUUGGAUCUCAAACUGUCACCUCCAGGGGUCUACUCAAGGGGUAAAUCGUCGAAUGAAUCGAAAUCAUCAUCCCCAAGAUCUCAAGACUCAUGCAUAUCAGCGGAGGUUGAGUCAAAUUUGAACUUGGAGGAUAACCUUCGAGUUGAAAGUUCACCGUUGAUUGUGAUGGGUUGUACUUUUUGCCUGCUUUAUGUUAUGGUGACCGAUGCAGAUCCCAGAUGCCCUAAAUGCAAAAGAUCUGGCUUGCUCGACGCAUUUCGUGGUAAUCAGGUGAAGCGAUCAAGAAAGAACUGAGUUUCCUUUCCAGGAGUAUACAUGGUGGCUGGUUUCAAAUGCUCCAGUAUAUGCUCUUGAACUGAUGCACCUUCUGCUUUUUUCUUGAACUGAUACACCACCAUCUUUUCACUUGGGGAGUCAGAAUAGCAUCUUUUAAAUUAAUAAACAAAUAUAAUUUAUGUUUCUUUUUCCAAUCUUGCUCUUUCUAUUGAGAAGGCCAAUCCCUACAGAUAUGGUCUUCAAAACAGCUCUUUUAUACAACCAACACAUUUAAGUUACUAUGACAUCUCUGUUGUUAAAGACAUUACAACUUUUCCUUUGUUUGGGAAAAAUCAUAGAGAGUUUAUUCCUCUUUUUCGUACCA